AGUUGUUUACAAACAGUCGAGCUUUCCUUCGCCUUUCACUGGACAUGAAUUAUUUAAGCUGACCUUUUUAGGUUUUGUUGCGUUUUGCGUGGAAUCUUGAAACCGCCCGGGUUUGGCGUUCUUAUGUGAAAUGAGUAUGACAACGGAAAAUAGUCUUCAAAGAAAUGGUAGCAGAUUUCUGUGGUGUCAAGGAUUGUUUAGAUUUGGUUGGUGUCCGUGUUUUAGGCGGAAGGUGGCUCCUGUCAAUCCGGUGCCCAGCGAUUCGGAUUUCAUGACACUUGGAAAGAAGGGAACAAGAGUUAUAUGUGUAGUUCACAUCGACCCGUCUUUAAGCUGUGACAUCUUGACCAAAAAAGACAGUUCAUUAGCAGCUUUUGCAAAGAAGGUGGUAUGUGAAGACAAAGGCUAUGAAUCUGAUUCAUCCAACGAAGAAUAUUGGUUCUCUAAAUGGUCAAGGCCACUGAGAACUGUGAAACGGUUUCAAACAGACCAUCUUCAAAAGCAAAAUAUUAUAGGACUCAUCAAAAAUCAUCUACCUGCAGCAGAGAAAACCCCAAAAUCUGAAAACUGCAGUACCAACACAGAUCUGAAAGUUGUAUCUACCUUUGCAAUGGAACAAUCUUCCCAAAUAAUCAAAGAGGCAUCACAUGAAGUCAGCAAUAAAAAUACUGCUACAAUUUGUUUAGAUCUUUCCCAAACAGGCUCUGACUCUGCUCAAGUUGACAACAAAGAUGGUGUUGUAAAUUUGGCCUUUGAAGGUUCUCCCAGUGACCCUGGUGCAUCAGUUGUCACUGCCAAUGACUUUAAACAACAAAACAUGGCCAGGCCUCUACUGUAUUUUAUCCAUGGUGCUGGAGAAUCGUCUGAAUGUUGGAAGGCCCUCAUGCACCAUUUUGCAGGUCUUGGCUAUGAGGUUCUUGCUAUAGACUUGCUAGGACACGGAUUCAGUCAUACACCACUUGUAGAAAAAUCCUAUACAUUUAAAAAACUAUUGGGAGACGUUAUUAGUGUCUUUGAUGCGCAUAUAUCCAAUGGACGCAAAUGUGUCCUGAUUGGGCACGGAUACGGUUGCUCAUUUGCUGUUGCCCUUUCACGACAAAGAAGUGCCAAUGUUACCUUGUUAGCUUUGCUGAGCAGUGGUGGUCCAACUCCACUUGCACCUCCCGUUAAUUGGCGGCGUGAAUGGAAACUUCCUGCGUCGAUGCUUCAUUGCCUGCGGAGCAUACUUCCAUGUGGGAUGAGAAGAAAUGUCUUUUAUGGACCACGUGGCAAAAGCUGUCUGCACGACACUGUCUACUUUCAAAGUCUUCCGUCCUACGUCCGCCAUCAUCUUGCAGUUGGUCAGACAUGGUCUGAAGGUGAUGUUGCCUUUCACCGCAAAAUAGUUAUGCCUACCCUUCUUGUUCACGGGCUGAAAGAUCCUUAUGUCUCGUUGGUUGAAAUGUGCGAAAUGGAGAGGACUAUUCCACGUGCUUUCCUAGAAGUGAUACCCGAAUCUGGCCAUGACAUCAUGUCAGAUGUACCGAACCAAUUGUGCAAGAUGCUUCGCAAAUUUUUCGAGCAUUGGCAGCGCUGACAGUUUUUCAUUUUAAGGAAUUUGUAUCUGAUUUUAGUCGUACUGUAAACUAUGUUGACGACUUGAACUAUUAUUUACCAUUGUGCCUUCCUAUUUUCAUUAUUUUAUGCGAGUUUUAUGCGCUACUCCUUCCAUUUUUCUUAUUCACGGAAACGAAAACCUAAAUACCAAAAUACAUUCACAUUAGGGAAUUGUGGACCAAAA